ACACAGACUUCCGUGAAGUAUAUGACCCUGAACCAUUUCCUGCGUGUUGCAUUGAUAAGGGCGUUUAUCAAUUUCACGAAGAAACAAAAUCCUGAUUCCAAAUCGAUUUGGCUUAAUGCGUUGGAGCGGUAGAGAAGUGGCAAAUUAGUUUUGUUAUAUUCAAGCCAUGCGCAUUACAACCUGUGAAAUGCACACAUGCGGGGAGCCACUAAGAAUAGUAGAAACUGGACUUCCAGAUAUCAAUGGGAAUACUAUCGUGGAUAAAGUCGCUUUCAUACGUGAAAACUGUGAUGACAUCAGAAAAUUUCUGAUGCACGAGCCUCGUGGACAUCAUGAUAUGUUUGGGACAUUAAGAGUUGAGCCUGACUUACCGAGUGCAGACGCAGCAUUUGUAUUUAUGAACAAUGAAGGGUAUACUACAAUGUGCGGGCAUGCCAUCAUCGCCCUGGGAAGAUACUGUGUUGAUAAUGGUAUAGUGGAGGCAGAAGAACCGGAAACUUUGGUCAAUAUUCAAUGUCCGUGCGGGCUUAUUCCAACCUAUGUUUCAUCCAAUAAAGAACGAUCUGGUAGAGUGCGGUUUCACAGUGUUCCAUCAUUUGUUUUGCAAAUGGAUGUCAGCGUCCGUGUACCAAAGAUUGGUGUUAUUACUGUAGACAUAUCUUAUGGAGGAGCAUUCUACGCAUUCGUAUCCACCGAUGCACUCGGUUUGACGAGCAAAGCUGUUGAUGCAUUGAGAGCAGUAGAAGUUGGACAAGCUGUAACAAAUGCCAUUAAAAAACUGAUAAAGAUAGAACAUCCAGAAAAUGAAGACCUUGGAUUCUUAGCUGGCACAAUAAUAGUCGAUAGAACGGGACUUGAUACAAAAAAUUUACUUCGACAAAUGGCAGUGUUCGCCGAUCAUGAGUUGGAUAGAAGCCCAUGUGGCUCAGGAACAGCAGCUCACAUUGCUCUGCUACAUGCGAAGGGUCUGCUAGGUGUUAAUUGUGAAAAAACAUUUCAGAGUAUUGUCAAUGAUUCAAAAUUUGUUGGCAGAGUUAUCAGAAAAGCCACAUGCGGUCUCUUUGACGCUGUAAUAGCAGAAGUGGGUGGAAAUGCAUACUACACUGGUAGAAGCUUAUUUACGUCAGAAGAUGAAGACCCCUUAAUGACUGGGUUUACUUCCAGACCCCGGAUGACUGCACACACAAUUGAAACAUAGGAGCAAUUUGUUAGAAAUUCAGAUUAUUUGAAAGCAGCAACAACACACGAAAUAAACAAAAUCCAAAAAAAUAGUGCUCUGAAACUGACACUGCUGACCUCAUCAAAGUUGCAAUACAGUUUUGAACAAAUAUAAAGGCAUCACCACAAGUAUGUGUUCAUUUCACGCUAUAGUAGUAAUGGCUAUUCUUACAUAUAUAUAUGUGAGUACCUGCAAAUUUUUCUUUUUUCAAAUGUCUAGCAGCCUUUCAGUUGAGCUGCUCAAAUUUAUUGAAUCCGGUAUUGAGGUUGAAAACACGUGACACUGUGGCAAACUUUUGGCCUGUAAAGAAGUUGAAUAAAUUUAUAAAAAUCACGCCAUGACGACAAAAAAUGGCUGUAGCGAGUUGGUAAAAUAAAGUGAAAAAAAAAAACGAAAACACAAAAACCCAUUGUUAUUUAUCGUAAUGUUCUUAAAUGAAUUAAAAUUACUUUAUUUAAUGACUCAAAUGUAUUUGUUGCUUUGUAUUUAAAAUAUAUUCAGUAGUUUUCUUAUUGUUAAUGUUACUUACUCGAAUAAAUCAUCGCUGGUUCAUCAA